ACUUAUUUCAGUGAACAAACCUGAGAGCAGCAGAAAUGAUCCAAAAAACAGCUUGUCUACUUUUUUUACUAGGACUCGUCUCCGAGACCUUGUGCUACUUCAUUCUGAUCCAGGAACCAAAGACCUGGACCGAAGCCCAGUCAUUCUGUAAGAAGUUUCACCUGGACCUGGCCACGGUUCAGAGCGAUCAGGACAGAGCUAAGAUAGAGGAGAUCGCCAGCUCCACAAGUUUUAGGGCCUGGAUGGGACUGUACGAUGGCUUAUGCACUUGGCGCUGGUCGUUCCAAGAUCAGGACGUAGUGUUUACAAACUGGGGGCUCAACGAAGACACGACCUCCAGGACUCAGAGGAUGUGUGGCAUGAUUCAACAUAGCGGAACCUGGCAUACUGCCCCUUGUGAUGAAAAAAAUGACUUUUUUUGCUACACUGGAAAUGACACUGGAGAAAAAUUUCUUCUCAUCAAGAUCAGACUGACGUGGCGUGACGCUCUGCGUUACUGUAGGAUGUACUACAUCGACCUGGCCAUCAUUAGUGACCUCACUGACAACAGGUACAUUGUAGAUCUCACUGUUAAAUGGAUGAAUUACUAUGGUUACUAUGCAUUUGAGGGCUGGAUCGGCCUGUCCAAGAACCUGUGGCUGUGGUCGGACCAGAGCAGUGUGAGCUGGCUGUCUUUGAAAUGGAUUUCGGGAGAGCCUAAUAACAACAGUGGGAAUGAAAAGUGUGGGUUUGUCCAAGAGACUGGAUUGAUCGGGAAUGAAGGAUGCUUGCAUCAGUUACCUUUCUUCUGCACUAAAAGGAAGAAAAUGCAGCUUGUGCGAGUGGCAGUGAAAUCAGACGGACAUCUGAAUGAAUCUGCAGUGAUGGUGGCCGUAGAAGAGAAGAUCAAUCAGAUCCUCACGGAGCAGGAGAUGGAUGCGGGAUCCAGCUUAACAUGGACAGUCCAGCCUGAUGGGAAGAUCUUCCAGCAGCAGGAAAAUGACAUAUGAAACACGACAACAGAGUGUGAAGAAAGAUUCACUGCUGCCCUUUUGCCCGAAGAUAAUCAAGAUCUCUGACAACUAUAAUGAAUGUUCUGACAGAUGUUUUGGUUACACUUUAUUUUACAGUGUCCUUGUAAAUGGCAAGUAAUUAUUAUAGUUCAUUAGUUGCAUAAUUACAUGCAACCGAACCCUAUAGUAGGCACAUGUUGUUCAUUUAUAUUAAUUGCAAUCUAACAAGGACAUCAUCGUAAGUGUAAACAAUAGUCCUUUUUAGGAAUGGACAUUUCAAGUAAUUUUAUAUGACUCAUAUUACAUUAUUAAUUAUUAUAUUAUUGUUAAUGACAAAUAUAUAUUUUUUAAACUUAAGAUUUCAGAUGAAAAUAUAAGCAUGAAGCUGUUUAUUCACAAAAACUGUAAUUUCAACCAGUGCUGUUCUCUUGAAGUAAAUACAUAGAUGAUCCACAUUAACACACCUAAAUCUUAAAUAUAAGAUACAGAGAAGUUGAAUGCUGUCAUUAGUGUACUGUCCAUAGUCUGCGGAAAACCUGUUUUUAUUAUAAAUAAGUCUAUAAUUUUUCUUUUUAUCACAUAUUCAGAAAAAAUAGGUUAUGAAAGUGAAGUUGAAAAAUUACUGUUGAACAUCCCUAGUUAUUUUGACCUGAAAGACAUGAACAAACACAGUAAUACUGCAGGAAAUUCAUGUGAUUAUUAUGAAAUUACUUCUUACAUUCUCAUUAUUUAAUAGAAUGAUUGAAUCAGGAAACAUUUCAGGUCAUAAACUGUUGUAGCCAAUUUCAAAUUUAGAAGAAUAAUAUAAAUAGCGUUAUAAGCCUGUAUAGUUUAACCUUGUGAAAUGUAGGUUUUAUGCAUGUUCUAACAUAUUUCAAAAAUAUUAUUUUUUUUUUUUUUUCAUUUAUUUCUCCUUUUUUGUUCAUGUCAUACAGUGUAAACUUGACAACAUGCAUGUUAAGAAAUACUUUAUUCACAUUAAACUAAAAUAAAUAAAUUGCAUGAUUUCUUUUGACUUUUUAAACCAAUAGUGCACAAGGUAGAAUGACAUGAAUAAUAUUAAAAUAUUUGCACGAUAAAUUGUGCUUGUGUAUGAAUUUCAUUACAAAGCUAAUUUCUUUUCUAUUGGUAGUAUUUCAAAGUCCUUUGCAUAGACAUCAUUUAUACCAUUUGGAAAGGACAACAUUAACUCAUCUAACAUUUAAAAGGGCAAUGCUAACCAUCAAAAUCGCACUACAGCCAAGUCCCUUAAGGCAAGUCAUUUCAAUCGGCGGCCAUCUUUAAACCACCUCUCAGGACUUGCCUUCACCUGCUAUCGGAAUUAUCACAAAUACGAGUUUCCUAAUUAAAAAUUGGCCAUAAAUGCAAUCUCAAGUCAUAUUUACCAUUGGGAAACAUAUUUUUGAUACCCAAGUUCAAAAGAUGGACAGGCCAUAAACUUUAAAUAUAGCAGA